AUGUCUCACUACGACCGAAUCACGCAAGAAUUCACUUGGGAUAACUCGCCGUUGCUGGUCGCCGCCGGGGCCGCUUUCUUGAUCGGUUACUUGCAAUAUUACUAUGCAAUCAAGUUGAUGCUGACCGACGGCAAGGGCCCGAUGCCCGUCUGGAUGCACAUAUUCUAUCUCGCCCACGACUCGUCCUUCAGCUACACACUCGGACGCGACAGCUCCCGCUUCGGUGGCCACUUUUUCUUACUGGGCAGCUCGAGAGCCUAUGCACUAUGGUCUGCGCUGGAAAUCUGGUGCCUUUAUUACGGCCUGCGAUACCACCGCAUGGAGACCUUCUCCUCGGCUUUGGGAGACAGAGCCGCCUGCUUGGGCAACUCGCUUCGGUACACGAUCUUUAUGCUGGCCGCCAUGUAUUGCGCUGUGCUUAUGGUGGCCUCCAUGCUUGGGGAGGGAUGUAUGCUGCACUGGGGCCUAUUGACCAACACGAUCAUGAUCGUCGGCCCAACGCACGAGUACAUGCGGCGCGGGUCGAGGGACGGCCUCGCCGUCGGCUUUUGCGUGGUCAAUAUCGCAUGUGUCAUAUUCACGUUUGCGCCCUUUAGCAUGUUUGCGCAGACGUUUCCCGAAACCUUUGCCACUAAGCCCUUUUACAUUUGCGGGAGCGUGCUCUUGCUGUAUUCAUUCUGGCUUCUGGCUAUAGUUGUCGGGUAUCCGCCCAAGGACAAGGAACGCUCCAAGUCGAACUAG